ACCUCUAUCGUCUUGGCCCAAAAUGCCCAAUCUGGUGCCAACUGACACCUCAAAGGAACUGCGUAAACCAGUAUCCUUCCAUCUAAUAACUCAGGGUGACCAGCAUUCAGUCAGUGCAUCUCAAUUUGACAAUUUUCAAGAGCUUGUAAAUGCAACAGCCAGAUCCCUUCACGGGGCGGCCAGUUCCACAGACACUGUCACUGCUGACACGUAUAAGAAAGCCGAGCUCAAAAUUAUUCAACAGUCUCAAAUGGAGAGUUUUCCUGAUGAAUAUGCUCAGCUUCAAGCAGGGAAAGCCAUCUCCUCAAACAGUCGUUUAAAGACAUUAGCUGCCGAAUUUGAUUCUGACACGCAACUGAUUAGAGUGGGUGGACGACUCCGAAGAUGUCAUCUACUAAGUCCUGAAAUUCUUCACCCAAUUGUCCUAGACCCAGUCCAUCCAGUGACUAAACUACUAAUUCAGCAGUACGAUGCACAACUCCAUCACCCUGGUACUGAAAGAGUCUUUGCUGAAAUCAGAAGACGCUUCUGGAUCUUGAGAGGCCGUCAAGCAGUAAGAUCAAUUCAGCAUCACUGUACUGAGUGUCAAAGGUGGCGUGGCAAGCCCAAUAUACCUAAAAUGGCUGACUUACCUCCUUCCAGUUUAAGACUCUUCCAACCAGCCUUUUACUCUACAGGCAUGGACUGCUUUGGCCCAUUUACCAUCAAAAUUGGGCGCCGGAACGAGAAACGCUGGGGUAUCAUUUAUAAAUGUUUGACCACAAGGGCAGUGUACAUCGACCUUCUCUCUCAAGCUGACACAGACUCCUUCCUCAUGUCUCUACGUCGAUUCAUCGCCCGUAGGGGAAAACCUCAUGAGUUGUGCUCUGAUCAGGGUACCAAUUUCAAGGGUGGAGAUCAUGAGCUUAAGGAGGCCUUCAACAAUAUUCACCCUCAGUUACAAAGAGAACUUGCCAAGCAACAGAUUGACUUCCAUUACAAUCCACCAAACUCCCCACAUUUCGGAGGAUCCUGGGAAAGAGAAAUCAGAUCUCUUAAAGCUGCACUGUACACCACCAUUGGUGUGCAAACUGUCACGGAGGAAGUGCUCAGGACUGUCCUUGUUGAAAUCGAAGGAAUUCUAAAUUCAAAGCCAUUGGGAUACGUAUCCUCAGAUGUAGCGGAUCCUGAUCCAAUAACCCCUAAUUCUCUCUUAAUGGGCCGACGAGACUCUGCCUUGCCACAGGUAAUUUACCCUGCAUCUGAACUGCUCAGCCGCAAGCGCUGGAGACACAGCCAGAUAUUGGCAGACCAGUUCUGGAGCAGUUAUCUGCGUAACUACCUGCCCGGACUCCAGUCUCGCCAGAAAUGGCAACAAGAGAAAGACAACUUGACAGUAGGGACAGUGGUUAUGAUUGCUGAUCCACAAUUCCCCAGGGCACUCUGGCCUGUUGGAACUGUGAAAUCUGUCCAGGUCGGAGCUGAUAAUAAAGUAAGAGCUGCAGAAAUCCAGAUCAAAGACAGAACCUACAUCAGACCUGUUGUCAGAUUAAUUAAGCUCCCUUCACUUCCUGAAUGACUGUGAGUACUGGCCCAAGAUACAAAUCUGCAAGCACAUUUGGGGGCGGCUGUACUAAAAUGACGGCCAGUUAUUUAAUGUUCAUACAGUUCUAGUAUAUGUGUAAUGGUUAAUCGCUGUUGUUAUUUAGUCAGGCGUCAGUCACACGCCUAUUGUUAGGACCCAGAAGUCAAAAAAGGACCCGGACGCUGACGCAGUUUCAGGGCAGAUAUGAUCGCUAUUAUUAUUACUAGCGUGAGACGAUUCUAACGGUGAUGAUAAUGCCAGUUCUCCCGCAAUAUUGAGUUAUCGCAUGUGUGCGUGCAUCAAAGAAACCACACUUAAUUAAAUAUUGUUUGAGUUUGCAAUGAGUGGUCUAUGAGUGGUGAGUGCAUCUAGCUCCUCCUAAACGGACAUCAUCUAAGUUAAUUGUUCUGAUCGGACA